AUGGUUGGCCAGCGUCCUCCUCGCCGUCUUACCGUUGCAGCGGUUCCCGUGCUCUUGAUGUUUCUGAUAUUCAGCGAUCAGUCAAAUUCUGCGGGCGCUGAGAAGUCGGUGUCGGCGUUCGUGCAGAACGCCAUCUUAUCAAACAAGAUCGUCAUCUUCUCCAAGUCCUACUGCCCGUAUUGCUUGCGUUCAAAACGUAUAUUCAGUGAACUUAAGGAAGAGCCAUUUGUUGUGGAGCUUGAUCUCAGAGAGGACGGAGACCAAAUCCAGUACGAGCUUCUGGAAUUCGUUGGUCGUCGUACGGUCCCGCAAGUAUUUGUAAACGGCAAGCAUAUUGGUGGAUCAGAUGAUCUUGGAGAUGCUGUGGAGAAUGGUGAGUUGCAAAAGCUUCUUGCUGCAAGUUGA